AUGGCUCAUUCGGGAGGGUUCCUGCCAAUGGAUCGCAAGUAUUGCAGUGCAAUGCCAGCCCUGCACAAGUUCUCAUGCUCCAGCAUGGUACCUGCUGUCAACCCCUGCUGCAGGAGCUCUUCUGUAGUGCAUCCUGACUGGAUCACCAAGCCACUCACCCCCCAGAGGUGCCAAUGGCUUAGCCACUGUCUCUGCUCUCCUAGCCCAGCAGAGAAGAGGCUGAGCACUUUGGGGAGCUCAUUGGGCUUAGGCAGCAACAUCCCUGUGUUGGUGAGAGGGGAACAGGAUGGAUUUUAUUAUCGUGGUACAAUAAAAGAGGAGAAAGAGAGUGAAAGAGGCAUGUUCCUGGUAGAAUUUGCCAAACCACUUGUGUCACGAGGAAGGCAUCCAGUGUGUGUGCAAAAAACAGCAAAGGAUGACAUCCUGGAAUACAUGAACAGGAUGAAGCACUCCUUACUCCCUGGAGACAAAGUGCUGGCACCCUGGGAGCCAGAUAUGGCCAGGUAUGGUCCAGGAACCGUCCUCAUGGGCAUCGAAACAAGGGACCCCCUGCGAGCCUCAGAAGAUGAAGACAUUAUGGUCCAGUUCUGGAAUGGAAAGAGAGUGAAACUCCCACGAGGUGUUGCUCUGUGGAUCCCUCCUAGCCUGUGGGAGAGGAUUGUAGAGAUGAUCCACAUGCCCCUCACCAGCAGGGUGAAGACCAGAGAAAAUCUGGACACCAAAUCUUGUAAUUUUUCCUGCAGUCCUAAACCAGCCCUGAUUCCUGUUUGGGCUGUACAUAGCCUUGCCAAGCAUUGCUUACUCUGCUCACCUUGCUGGCUACAUUUCCACUGUUGCUGUGAUGGUAUAUGCUGUUCAUUAGCAUAUAAAAGGUGUAUUUGCUGCUGCCACCCCCUUGUUGACACCUGGUGGGCUCUUCCAUCCAGAUCUGUGGUCUUUCAGAGCGAAACUGAAGCGACAGAGUCCAGUAGCAAGCCCUCUCCCUGCCUUCUAGAACCAAAAGACCCAAACCAAGAAGCAAUAGCAGCUGUAGCAGUGUCUCCCCACUAUUCUCAAUCAGAGCUGGACCUGGAGCCAUUCUCCACUAAGAGUAGUGUGGUGGACAGUGUUGUUAACACAGGCUCUGGCUGUCUUGAGAAGCCGAGGUUAAAGAAUUCUGCAGACCCAACUGGAAAUACUGGAAAAGAAGCCACUGCAAGUCCCAUCCCAGAAUUUCAGGACUUCCCAGCUGCAGCAGCACAUGUAAAAAAGGUAAGAUGGAAUCCAAAGCCAUCUCUACUGAAGACAUGCCUGGUGUUGACCCAACUAAUCAAAGCGCACUGUUUGAAACAUUUGAGCAGUCUCCCAGAGGGCAACUCUCAAUGA